AUGCCUAUAUCAAAAUCUGUUUAUGCUAAUUCUAAAGAUAAUCAUUUCUCAAUUUAUGAUUAUAAAUAUAGAAUUUUACAAAUUAUUUUUCCUAAUAAAAGGAUUAAUAAAAGAAAGCGAUAUCAAGCUAUUUGUGAACUUUUUAAGUUCUAUUUACUUGCGACAAAUGUUUGUUACUCAAAUCAGGGCGGUAAACUUAAUUAUUCAAAGAAAAAAGCAAGAAAAUUACUUCAAGUUAAAUCAAAUGGUUUAGUUCAAUCCGAACAUAGUAGUUAUCUUUAA